AUGGUCGAGAUCGAUACACCUGAUGCCGAGGAGCUCGGAGGAAAUGUCACCAAGCCCUUCAAGUUCGUGACUGCUGGUUACGAUGCUCGAUUCCCCAACCAAAACCAGACCAAGCACUGUUGGCAAAACUAUGUCGAUUAUCAUAAAUGCGUACUAGCGAAGGGAGAGGAUUUCAAGCCAUGCAGACAGUUCUUACUUGCAUACCGAUCACUCUGCCCUAGUUCUUGGGUUGCUAGGUGGAACGACCAGCGAGAAGCCGGAAACUUCCCGGUUGACUUGGAACAUUAG